AUGGACAACAACUGGAUUUUCGAUCAGUCAUCCUCAGCUGCAACUCAGGUUGCAACAACACCUUCAAGCUCGGCUAAUAAUCACGGUGCUUCAACUGCUAAUGCUGCUACUAUGAAUACUCAUAAUGCUCAAGAAUCCAAUUCAUCCACUAAUAACAAUACUUUCACUCCUUCACAAACUCAUUCUUUCCUGAAUUUUGACUCUCCUUCCAAUCACUCUGAAUCUCAUAAUAGUCAUACUAAUGGGGGUGGGAACUCAAACCAUCAUCAAAAUUUCAAUCAACAAAUGUCGAGUUUGGACUAUUUGGAUCCUACUGCUCAUUUGAAAAAAGAUGGUGAAUGGUCUCAACUUCCAGACUUUAAUGAUAUUGAUAUGAGUAUGAAUUUUUUCCAAAAUGACCCCAACAAUAAUGGUGGUUCUAGCCAUGAUAUCAUUUUGGGUUCUCAUAUGGACCAUGAUGAGCAACAACAACUUCAUAAUCAACAUCAACACCAGCCAAUCAUUCAUCAACAACAGCAACAGCAGCACCAUCAUAUGAAUGGGAACGCAGCUUCAGUGCCUCCAACUCCUCAAUCUUUUGACGUUACACAUUAUGCAAAUAGUUCAAAUUCAUCGUUUAUUCAAAAUUUUGAUUCACCUCAAAUAGAUCAUCAAUCUCAAAACACAACUACCACUUCAAUCAGACCAGAUGUUGUCUUUACACCUUUAGUUUCACCAGCAGUUACUCCCUUGGAGUCUAUGAUCAAUAAGAAUAAUAACAAUCAACACAAUCAUAAUGGUAAUUCCAACUUUUUUUCACCAUUGACUUCACCUGCCUUAGAAGCCAAAUCACCAAUGAGAUUGAAAAAAUCAUCAACUUCAUCACCUCAAGAUGAUAAUAAUGGUAACAUAUCCGCCAAUAAGAAAAAAUACAGCAAGAGGAAAACUCCAGGAAACACGCCAAUUGUCGGCCCAACCAUUCCAGGUCGUAUUGCCAAACAAUCACCAAUAAUAAAAGCCAAAAGAUCAUCAUCUUAUGCAAACAACAUACAACACCACCAACAUUCCAAUUCCAUAUCCUCUGAAUAUAGUGAAAUGACACCAUUGCCAGAUCCAAGCGUGGAAUCUUCAACAAGCUCAAUGGCGCCGCCUCCUUCAUCAAAACCACCAAUUACGCGCCGUCGUUCCACCAAGAAGGACUCAACACAACCAGCUACACCUGCAACUUUGAUGAAUUUUAAAUUGGAAUCAUCCAAUUCUCCAGUCAUUUUACCUUCAAAUGAUCGUGUCAACCUGCCCUCUCAACAUGAACUUCCUUCAUCUCAAUCAAGACGUUCCUCUGAAGAUAACGAUACAAAGAAAACUUCACACAAGUUGGCGGAACAAGGCAGAAGAAAUAGAAUGAAUCAAGCCAUAAUGGAUUUGGGGACUUUGAUACCUGAGGAAUUACAAGCUACUGUUAGUAUACCUAGUAAGGCAACCACUGUGGAAUUGGCAACUAGUUAUAUCUUAUCAUUGAGAGAGGAAGUUAGAAGAUUGAGAGAAGGUAUAGAAAGUGAUGAAAGUGUUAGUCCGUUGGAGACGAAAUAA